AUGCCCGCUGGUGUCGUCGCCGACACCUUUGCCGCUGCUGGCCCUGUUGCCAAGCCGGCCACGGUCAAGCAGUCGAUCCCUGCCAUUGCCGUCGCCGCCGCUUCGGCCUUCGGUGGUAUCCUCUACGGUUAUGACACGGGUACCAUCUCCGGCCUGCUGGCCAUGGAGAACUUCCGUGAGACCUUCGGUCAGUUCUACCCGGUCAACAAGCCCUCGAACACCGGCAGUGUCCCCGUUCCCGGUUACGACCUGUCGACGGGCAACACCUCGCUCGUGACCUCGAUCCUGUCCGCCGGUACCUUCUGCGGUGCCCUGCUCGGUGCCCCGCUCUCGGACAAGCUCGGACGCAAGCUCGGUCUGCAGGUCGGCCUGAUCAUCUUCAACAUCGGUGUCGUCCUCCAGCUCGCCACCACCAACCUCGACGCCUUCAUUGUUGGCCGUGUCGUUGCCGGUCUCGGUGUCGGUAUCCUCUCGACCAUCGUCCCCAUGUACCAGUCCGAGGUCGCCCCCCGCUGGAUCCGUGGUACCGUCGUCUCGGGCUACCAGUGGGCCAUCACCAUCGGUCUCUUCAUCGCCUCGCUCGCCAACAACGGCACCAAGGACCGCACCAACUCGAGCUCGUGGCGCAUCCCCGUCGGCAUCCAGCUCGUCUUCUCGCUCAUCCUCUCGGCCAUGUUCAUCGUCCUCCCCGAGUCGCCCCGCUGGCUCGUCAAGCGCGGCAACCACGCCGGUGCCGCCAAGUCGCUCGCCCGCCUCAACUCGACCGACUCCGACGACCCGCUGGUCCGCAGCGAGCUCAGCGUCAUCCAGACCAACCUCGACAUUGAGCUCACCCACGGCAACGGCACCUACGUCGACUGCUUCAAGGCCAACGACCGAAAGUACCUCCUCCGCUCGAUGACGGGCAUCUGGCUCCAGGCCUGGCAGCAGCUCACCGGUGUCAACUUCAUCUUCUACUACGGCACCGUCUUCUUCUCGAACGCCCUGCCCGGCACCAACCCCUUCAUCUUCUCGAUCAUCUCCAACGUCGUCAACGUCGUCUGCACCCUGCCCGGCAUGUGGGCCAUGGAGCGCUUCGGCCGCAGGAAGCUCCUGAUCUGGGGUGCCGUCUACAUGGCCGUCUGCGAGUUCAUCGUCGCCAUCGUCGGAACCACCAUCGACACCCGCCUCAACUCGGCCGCCGGCAAGGCCAUGGUCGCCUUCGUCUGCAUCUACAUCUCGGGCUUCGCCUCCACCUGGGGCCCCGCCGCCUGGGUCGUCUGCGGUGAGAUCUUCCCGCUCGCCAUCCGCGCCAAGGCUCUCUCGCUCUGCGUCGCCUCCAACUGGCUCUGGAACUUCGGCAUUGGCUACGCCACCCCCUACCUCGUCCAGUCGGGCCCCGGCAAGGCUGGCCUUGGCCCCAAGGUCUUCUUCAUCUGGGGUGCCACCUGCUCUUGCGCCGCCCUCUUCGGCUACCUCUUCGUCGUUGAGUCCAAGGGUCUCUCGCUCGAGGAGGUCGACGAGCUCUACGCCCAGACCACCCCCAGGCAGUCGGCCGCUGCCAACCGCGAGAUCAUCGCCCGCCGCACCGACCUCGAGGGCGGCGUCGCCCACCCCAAGGACGACGAGGACGCCACCGCCGACGAGAAGAAGUACUAA